UAACUACCAUAUGCCCGUUAAUUUCGAUAAAAUGUUUAAAGGAUGGGAAAAUGAUUUGGUCCCCGAAGAUUUCUCCCUUCUCUCCAUUUUAAAAUUCCGCAAGACAAAAGAUGAUUUCUCGUUCAAUAAGAAGGUCGAGCAUACUCUUAUAUCGAAGUUCGUUUCAUACGUUGCAGAAAAUGCAGAUGAAAAUUGGAGAAAGGUGGCCUCCAUCCUUAAGAAAGAGCUAAGCGUGAGUAUAUUUAAGAUCGUUAUUGACACAAAGUGGUUAGCUAUGGAGACUAGUUAUGAAACUUCCUCCGUUUCUGAAUGUCCUUUAAUUGUAUUGAAACGAGUUUUAGAAGUCGAGAAAGACGAACAGUUAAUGAGGAGGAAAAUGGAUCGAGCCGAGAUACAAUUUGGUUUGGAUCAAACUUUAGCCGGAAAUGAGGCUCAGGUUAUAUUGAACCAGACAAAGUUGGAUAUUUUAUCGGAUAGGAAGAAUGUCAAGAGAAAAGCUACUACAGACAAGAACGAUACACCCACAGAAAAGGAUGAGAUCGAUAGUUUUUUUCAAAGCCCCACUGAACAAAAUCGAACAAAUGCGAUUAUGAAACGUCCGAAAUUGGAUGAAAAGAACAUUCUCAACGAGGAAGGCGAGCCUAUUAGUGAUUUACACUCACAAAAAGUUUUAAAUGAAGGAGAGGAAGGAGUCGAAUUGGAAACACAUGAAAAGACGAAAAAAGUUACAACGAGAGUUGCUUCAAAAACAAAUACUCGGAAAUCAAAAAAAAAUGCUUCAGAGAUAAGUACUCGGAAUAAUAAUAAUGAAAAGUCUUCUGAGCAGUCGUCCUCUUCUGACUUAGGGCCCGAGGAUGACGAAGAAAUAAAGCUUGAUUUUACAAGCAUUGAAAAAGAAUUGUUACAAGAACAAUCAAAUGAGUGGGAAGUCGAUACCAUAAAUGUAUCGCAAAGAUUUAGAAAAUAUCAAAUAGAAGUACUCGAGAAAGCGAAGACUGAUGGACUAAAAUGGUGUGAUUUCCAUGAAGUGUUGGCAUUGUCUUCCGUAAUUGUCUUAAAUUCGCCUUGCCCCUACCCUAAUCAUAUUUUCACCACUCGGGAAUGGCGGACGAUUACACUUGAGAAUCCCUAUGUUAUAACUGAACCGGUACUGCCACCGGAUGUAUGUUUCUCUUUACGGAAUUCUUUGGCCGAAUUCAUGGAAGGCAAGGCCCCUUUUUUAUCCUUGGGAGAUUCUGAAAUCGGGCGGGUGGUCUCACGAAUAUUUAAUGACAUGUGUAGCAGUGUUCCUAAAGUUGCUCCAACAAAAACUUCAGAGGACGAGCACUGCUUCAAAUUACUACAUCCCAUUAUCCGUCCAUUGUUUUUCACUGACUCAUGCGAAGAAUACGUUAUUCGACUUAAUCGUUCUACUAGUGGUACGGCGACAAGACCCGACUUUUCGUGUCUUGUUAAUGAUAUUCCGAUAUUGAAUUCGGAAAUAAAGCCAUCCGGCUUCACGUCUCUACAAGGCCAAAAGGACAAGUUAAAAGUACAGUUGCGAGCGCGAAAGUCAAUCAAUCAAUUAAUAAGAGCAAAGGGUGGACCAGAGGAAGUGGUCUUACUAACAAAUCAGGAGUCUCAUAUAAUGGAUCUAAGGUAUGAUGGACUCUACCGCUCUUGGCCGUUUUUAACUACACGAUUAAUCAAGGAUAAAACAACCAUUCCCUUAAUGGAGUCGAAUAUCCGUCAUCUUAAAGCGUUAGAGGAACGCGUCAGCAAAAUUGCUGAGGAUUACAAUUCCCGAGGUUGCCAAAGUGAAACAACUCCACUACAAAUACGAUAUAUGAGAGACUUACCAAAUAGUCCUCAAAUAAAAAAGAUACUUAAAUAG